CAGUGCCCAAGGCUGGGGCUGGGAGCAGCUGGGACAGUGGGAGGUGUCCCUGCCAUGGCAGGGGUGGCACUGGGUGGUCAUUAAUGUCCCUUCCACCCAGAGCAUUCCAUGUCUCUAUGACUCUGUGCUGCCCCUCCCUGCCAUGCCCAGCACACAGAACCGGCCCCUCUGUGACAGCAGCCCUGCCCAGGGCACUGUGAGCACCACCAGGGCUGUGGGUGCUGUGCUGGUGGCUGCACUGCAGGUGACACCUGGGUUCUGCCUCUGCCACCUGCGCUGGCACCGAUGGCUUUGCUGGAGCUGCUCGUGCUGCUGGCCCUGGCCUGGCCCGUGGGGGCCACCUGGGACACCUGCAGAAGGACCUGCUGGCUUCGGCCCUUGGCUUCCGACCACAGCCCCAUGCCUUCUGCUGAGGACACAUCCCUUGCUGUGGGUGGCACCAGUGCCCAGGCAGGGGCCUGGCCUGGCAUCGUCAGCAUCCAGGCCACCUAUGAGAAUGGCACGUGGCACAUGUGCACAGGUGUCCUCUUCAGCUCCCAGUGGGUGCUCACGGUGGCACACUGCUUCGCCAGGGCCGGGGCCAUUGCCACGUGGGAGGUGGUGAUGGGGGCCACAGAUCUGACUCAGCCGGGCCCCAAGGCUGAGGUGAGACACAUCCAGAGGCUCCUGGUGCACCAGCACUACGUGCCUUCCACGGCCAGGAACGACAUUGCCCUGCUGGAGCUGGACCAGCCCGUGGAGUGCAGCGACUACAUCCAGCUGGGCUGUGUGCCCGACGCCUCGCUCAGGGUCUCGGAGCUGAAAUCCUGCUACAUCGCCGGCUGGAACUUUGCCAGAGCUCAGGGAGCAGGCAUGGUGCUGCAGGAGGCCAAGGUCCACCUCAUGGACAUGGAGCUCUGCAACAGCAGCCGCUGGUACGCGGGGACCAUGCACCCCCGCAGCCUGUGUGCUGGGUACCCACAUGGAGGCAUCGACACCUGCCAGGGGGACAGCGGGAGUCCCCUCGUCUGCAAGGACAACAGAGCUGACUACUUCUGGCUCGUGGGCAUGUACAGCUGGGGGAGAGGCUGUGACACAGCCAGGCACCCCGGGAUCUACACCUCCACUCAACAUUUCUACAACUGGAUCCUGCUCCAGACGGGCCUGAGCCCAGCAGAAAGAGCUGGUCCAGCACCAGAGCCCAUCAUCACUGUGGCCCCUGAGCAGCGCAUGAAACCACAGGAGCCAGAGGAAGACAUCAACUUGAGCCCUGAGUACAGCCAGAGACCAGUGGUGACAUCCUCGGGCACGUCACUGCCCGAGGCAUUCCCAUGCCAGAUCGUGCUGCAAUUCUGGAAUGUGCUGCAGGAGCUCCUGCAGUUUCUGAAGGACAAGAAACCUUGAGCAGCAGGGGGAUGAGCAGGAUCCAGGGCUACAGUGGGCCAUGGCAUUUCCUGCUGGGCCCAAGGUAGCCUUGGGGCCAGAGGCUUCUCUGUCCUGCCCCUGCUGCUCUGCUGCAGCCGCACCGAUGCCGCCGUGACUGAGGUGUUGAAGUAAAGUUUCUAUGUUCGCCGUGAGCCGUGCUCUCAGCCCUGCUCAGUGCCCCGCAGGCUCGCAGGGUCCCUGCUCCGUCUGUCCUUCUGCUGUGCUGCUCCCAUUCAUUCUUCAGCCUGGAGAGAGCCCCAGGGAAACCUCGGUGCCCUUCCAGUGCCUGAAGCAGGUUAUAGUGGGGGAGAGCGGCUUUUUGCAUGGGCAGGUCGUGACAGGACAAGGGGGAAUGGUUGAAAUCUAGAGGGGAGAUUUGGAUGAGCUGUUGGGAAGGAGUUUUUAUUUGGGGUGAUGAGGCC